ACAGCAGAGACAUCAGUUAAUUCAGAGCACCGGAGCCAUUAACAUCGUCACUUAGAAAAGACUAAAACCCAAAGACUAUAGCAAAACCACAAUCAUAGUGAUCACAGCAAAAAUAAGUGUUGAAGUUUAAUAAUUUUUUCUCGUAUUUAUCACAAGUGAUUUUCGAAAUAAAAAGUAAAAAGCCAACAUGAGCUGCGGCAAAUGUUUACAUCACACUUUUAAUUUGGCUUUUGUACUUGGGCUUUUCGUGGUGGCCGCUGUGGCGGUGCCCACUUCAGUGCUAGUGCAGAACUCCGAAGUUACAUCAAACAUCAAUGCAGCUAACAAUGGGCACAAUUUAAUGACAAAAGUAAAACGCUCUUCGGCCGACGUAAAUGGUAUAAUGCCCAAGGAAGCUAUCAACGACGAGGUCUCUACGUCGGCAAAUAAAAAAUCUAGUCCCGAAGUUCUUCCGCCGGCCUUUAAUGUGCCAACCUCGCACCAACAUUUGGAAAACGGUGGCAAAGCCAGUGGUGACAACAAUUCAAACUCUAUUGCAUAUGUUCAGUCAGCUGGCACAAAUUCGAUGCCAUCGAAUGAAGAUAUUAUUAAUUCCGCAAUCGCUGCUGGACUAACCGCUGCGGCAGUACAAGCAGCUGCAACGGCAAGUCAACAUGAACAGGAACAACAACAACCAUGGAAGCAACAGGCACAAGUGUAUGGGGAUGAAACUCCCAGCGUUUUGCAGAAGCGAGGCAUUUCGAAUCCGCAAUAUCUCUAUGGUGCAAUGGGUCUAGGAGGACCCUAUGCAUCUGCCAGCGGAAGUAGUAGUGGUAACAGCGUAUACGGCAGUGGAGAAUACUACAAUAAUGCAUAUUUGAGUAAUCCGAUGCAAGUUAGUAGCGGAGCUGAAUUAGAAACUGUGCCCACUGGCUUUUGGGCAGAUGAAAUGGAUCCUUCAGUUGUCUACACUGAUAUACAAGAUGACGACUUCUUGAGCGCACCAAGAGCAACUUCGUAUCGCAGCAAGGCUUAUGACAAUUUGCAAAACAUCCUUAACGCUGAGGCGUACCCAGUGCAACAGACGCUACACACGAGCCGGUACUAUGGCGCCAACAAUGCUAAUAAGCGGGCAAAUAGAUAUGACAACAGCAACAAUGGCGGCGCCAGUGCCAGCAGCAGUAGUCGAUUGGCUGAUAUGAGACUCAAGCGUGAUACUAAACUCACACCAGCAGAUAUGCUGGCUUUGGUUGCACUGGUAGAAGCAGGCGAACGUGCCCGGAAGGAGCCCGAAACCGAUACAAGCAACGGUUACAUGUACCCAUCGAACGGCAUUGCUACUCCUCCAGAGGCUUUUAACACCUAUAGCGGUAUUAAAACUUACUAUCCAAUUUCAGCUGGUGCCUUUGAUUAUCCGACCAAUAUAGAUGCAAUAGACAACGGUGGUUCGUGGUUAGAACCAAACAUGGUAGAUUACUAUGGUGCGCCUGCAAAUGUAGAAGCAAUACCUAAAUAUGAACUGCAAAGAGAACAAAAAUACGGUGGAAUACUACCAAGCGGUACUGGAAAUCGUUAUGGAGUUAAGCGAUUUAUGGUUUCCAAAAAGAAGCGAUCUAUGGGCAAUUUUCUGAACGAACCAGUUUCCAAACCCAGCAUCGGCUACAAUGUUAAUAGCGAAAAGUUUUACUAAAGUUUAAGACGCUUUUAAAUUUUCCAAGCUUGGGGAGGAAACUAUUUUUGGAAAUGGGUCAAAGAGGUCUAAUUAUUAGCAGACUCCUAUAAUAUAAUCAAAAUAAACAUAUGUGUGUAUUAUCAUAUUUUAAUUAUAAAUGAAAUAUAUUAAAUUUCAGACAUGCAUACAUACCUAUAUAUGUACAUAUACAUAUAUGCAUUGUAUGUAUUUGACAAGUCUAUACGUACAUAUGCGUACAGAUAACAAACUUGUAAGUAGAAGAAAAUGAAACAAAUUAUUAAAAUGGUUCAACGAUUAUUAUUGAUUUGUGCUAAAUACAUACAUUAGUAAUUGUAAGACAUAUUCCAGAUGUUGCGUUAUUGUUUGUAUAUUUCAAAAAAUCUUACGUUGGCAAAUAUCUGUAUGUGAAUUAUUUCUUCUGUUGAGGUCGUCUCUUCUUUGAAAAAAAAAAAAACAAAAACAAUUAUAACUCAUUAAUUAUAUUUCUUUACAUGAAUAUACAUAUGUAAUUGGUGAAAUCAGAAAGCACCAGUAUAACCUUCUCCACCAGAAUUUAGCAGCUAUGACUCCAAUAUAUGUUCAUACAAAUGUACGUGCUAUUAUAGAAAAAAUUUAAAUAGUUUACUUUAUAAAAUCUCUAUAAUGCAAAAUAAAAUAUUAUAUAUGUGUCACUGUGAUUGAACACAAUGUAAAUCUUUAUUAACCAAAAGGCUUGUAACGGCUCAGAGCAUAUUAAAGAGAUUAUGAUUACAUAAAAUCAUAACCUAUUCAUUGUCUAACUGGCCAAAUGAUGCGUCAUUUUCCAGCCUUAAUGUACUAAAACAGUAUUUACCUUUAAGUAAAUUUGGUGCAGAUGUCCUUGUUUUAUUUGUCUACAUAAAUAUACAUAAAUACACAUAUAUACAUAUAGAUAUAGAAUAAGCAAGUAAAUUCUCGUAUA